UGCUUUCUAUUUACAACUUUACAAUUAUAGUAUCGGGUACACAUUUAUAGGCAUGGCCUACUAUAAUAGCAUCAUCACUGUUCGGGGGUUCCGCACGCUUUGACAACAUCAGCCGAAAUACAGCUAUCGAAUACUAAACAAAAAUGUGUUCGAAAUGUACCAGUCGAAUACAGCAAUGUUAAUCAAGAGAAGAUAUAAACAACAAGAAUAAAUAUAUUUAAAUAACAAGAUUCAGUUUAAUGCGUUUUAGCAUUAUAAUUUCAAAGGUUGUUUGCUAUCAGCUAGACAGCAUUGUAACCAAAAAGGGUAAUCCAGAACCAUACAAAACACAUAACUGAAAUUAACUGUGCGUUUUCGUGACAUCAAUACAAAAUGUCCGAUGCUGUUGUAGUAACAAAUGAUGCUACUAGCAAAUCUCCUACGGGACCUGAUCAACAAAAAGAUUUGAACCCAUCCUGUAAAGAUGAAUCAACAUUGGAGUCAACUGAACAUAAGGAUAUGGAAGCAAGGACAGGUGUAGAUACCCCUCCAGAACAAGACGAAAUACAGGAGGGAGAAAAAGAAUCUGCAAUAUUGGACAAUAUAUGUGAAAAGAAUGUUGAAGGGACUGUUGUUUCAAAACCAGUUGAGAAUUCAGCAUUAUCAGAUUCAGCGGCAACACCAGCUGUAUCCCUCUACCAUAUAAAAUGGAUCAAAUGGCAUAAUCAGAAGACUCCAAUUAUCACCCAAAACGAAAAUGGUCCGUGUCCACUAAUAGCGAUUAUGAACGUGCUCAUCCUCAGGGGUAAAGUCAAACUCCAGGACUCGGCAGAACUAAUUACCGCACAUCAACUUAUGGAAUACCUUGGCAAUUGUAUACUAGAAUAUGUUCCAAAGGAUGCAUCCAAUGAUAUGCAGAGAAACUACGAGCAGAAUAUGGAUGAUGCCAUGGCAAUCUUGCCAAAACUACAGACAGGCUUGGACGUUAACGUCAAGUUCACAGGCGUUCAAGACUUUGAGUAUACUUCAGAAUGUAUAGUGUUCGAUCUUCUUAACAUCACACUUUGUCACGGAUGGCUUUAUGACCCACAAAACCCAGAGGUUGUGUCAGCGGUUGGCACUCACAGCUACAACCAAUUAGUUGAAAAAAUCAUCAAUGGAAAAUCUUCUGGAGACCCACAAAUUUUACAAAGUGCUUUAGUUGCUGAACAGUUCUUAGAAAGUACAGCAGCCCAGCUUACAUAUCAUGGACUGUGUGAGAUAAACAGCACAAUCAAGGAUGACAAUCCAUGUGUCUUCUUCAGAAAUAAUCAUUUUAGUACUCUAUUAAAACAUGAGAAUCAAUUGUAUCACCUUGUGACAGACCAAGGCUUCCUGAGGGAGAGCAAUGUAGUCUGGGAAACCUUAACCAAUGUAGAGGGCGACUGCAACUUCCUGAAUGCAGAUUUCAAUACCAGGUCACCGUCAAUGCCAGACUCGCCCCCUAUGACUCAAGACCAACAAAUAUCAAACGAUUUAUUAAUAGCUUUAAGUUUACAAGAGAAUGACCAAGGAUGUCAGGAAGAUCCACCUGAAGCCCCCGUGGAGCAAGCACCAGUGCCCCUUUCUGAUCAUGAACUAGCCUUACAGUUGCAACAGGAAGAGGAUAGGUUAGCUGCAGAAGCAGCUGCUAGGAACCAGGAUGCAGCUGAUGGGCAACCACAACAACAACCCCAGCAACCGACUCAACAACAAGCACAACAACCAUCUUCACCAAGGAGAAGAGAAUGUAUAAUUGUUUGAUGGCAUUCACCUGGACUGUGCCGAUCGAUGGAAGUGCAUUUACCGAUCAUCAUUCAAUGAUAUUCAACUCAUUUCAACUUGUUAGCCGUUCAAUGUUUGUAGAAAAAUAAAUCAGAUUUUAUAGUUAUAUAUUUGAAGUAAAGUGUAUAUGAAUGUUAGAACUAAUAAGGUGCAUGAAUGUAUGAAAAAUAAAUGACAGAUUUUUAUGAUUUUUUGAAAGAUGUAAUUUUUUUGAAAGCUGUGUUAUUUCACUCCUUCAAGGGGAUCCUCAAUAAUAUACUCUGCCGGAACUGAUAAUUUAUAAUUAUGGACUAUAAUUGUGGAUAAUAAUGACAAAUAAUUAUGGUGUCAGUUUGAAGCAAUUAUUAUUAAUAUAAUUGUAUCCAGUUCAUGUUAUUUGACAAAGUAUAUUAAAUGUUCUAUUAUGUUCUAUUAUUAUGUUUUAUUUUUUACUGUUUAUAUAUUUAUUUUGUUUUUGGUAAUUUGUGUGUUGGGAGCCGCACGUCUUUCAGGCGACAGUGGACUUUCCGCUUUUGUGACUCCUGAGCCGUCAUGCCAAAUGAAUAAAAUAAAAUAAAAAUAAAUAAAUAAAAAUGUAAUACAUGGAAAUUAAUUAUUUUUUUUACAAUAUGAUAUAUGAUAAAGUAAUAAACAUCAGUUUUAAGCCUAGUUUCCGUAAAAAUCGCUAAACGCUAUCGCCGACCCCUUUUGGCGACGCUGAUUGGUCAAUUUAAUCAGGGAGCGUUCCUGAUUGUGUUGGGAAAAGGUACGCAGUGCAACGAUUGGUGUAAAAAAAAAUCUGUAGCGACACUGUAGUGAUUGUAUGGAAACCAAGCUUUAUAUAUACAAAGGGCUGUUUACAGUUUAAGAGUUCUUGUCUAUACAGCUGUGGAUAUUACCAAGAUGUUCAUGUGCUUCAAAUUGUUAUCCCAGCUAUUUUAUCAAACAUCUAUGGACCACGUACUCAGCCCCUAUAUUCUUGCAGUAGUUAAUCAGCCUGAAGGCAUCUAAUUUUUAACCAGGUAUUCAGAUCUUUGUCAAGACGAUGUGCCAAUUAAAACAGGGAACAGUGAAAAUUUCACUUCGCUGAUAAAAAUGUUUUGCCCAAAAGCAUUGUUUAUUUAUUUAUAGUGUACAUAAAGAGGCAAGAGAAAAGGAGGAGGGGCUAUCUUUAUUAAAUUCAGAAAUAUAUAUUUGGUUUUAAAACAAUUUGAUUGGAAGACUGGUAUUUUAACCAGAAUGUCAUUACAUAUGUUAUGCCCAUACUCAGACUUGCACCCUUUACUCAGGGUAAUAUAGUAUGUGAAACAGUUUGUUUAUAAUUUUAAUAAUUUAUCCUAUAAUUGAAUACAGGUUUAUAGAACAUGAUGUAAUUGAUCAUUUACUGCCACGUAAUUUAAUGAACCUGAAAAUUAAGAAAAAUGUAGUGAAUUGCUUUCCCUGUAUAAAUUUAAAACUGAGAAAUAGAACAAGAACAAAAUGUUCUUGCCAAUUGAUGGAUGUCUUUGUAUACCUUUCUACCUGUGAAUUUAACCAUUUUUGUAAUGGAACAUCUUUAAAUCAUCGAAAAUUGUUCAAUCUUAUGUGGUUCUUCAACAUAAGUAAUUCAACAUUUAAUGUUAAUUGUUAUAGUUAUGUUCUCAAUUGUUAAGUAUAUUGUAAAAUAAUUAUUUUUAAUAACAAUUAUUUAAAAAAAUUAAUCUUCCAUCAUUAAAAUUGGUGAAUUGCAUACUGUGAUAUAAUAUUUUUGUUAUUAAAGCAUUACACACUUAAUUUUACUGGUUAAAUCAUAACUUAGAUAUUACUGUAGUUGCAUAACUCCAGUAACCCAUUUGUAAAUCUUGCCUUUUCGAUACUGUGUCCCAGGGUGGAUCCAGUCGUGGGGCAUGGGGGAAUGUGGCCUCCCCUAUUUACUCAUCAAAUUUUCAAAUUUCAGUGCAUAUAUUGAAAUUAGCGCUACUCACCUAUCUAUUCUGAAUAUGUUGUGCCCCUGGUGUCUAAUUACCAACAGGCAAUUUUUAGCUCUGGUAAAACUGGCCGUUGUUUUUUACAUCAUUUGUAAUGUGUUUUUUAUAACUAUAGAAAAGUUCCUUUUUCUGUAUUUUUAUAUCAUGAGUUGCAAGUUUAUUCCUUAAUAUGUUUAUAUCAUUAGAUUGCUAAAGAAAUAUAUUUCUGUAAAAUUAGUAGCAAUAAUAUUGAUGAUGGUGUUGAUGAUGUUGUUGCUGUUAAUAACAGUGGCAUUAAUGUUGAUGCUGCUGAUGAUGGUGUUGGCACCAGUGGAGUUCUAGGAGAACAGGGACCCAGUUGGGGUACACUGGACCCACCAAGAAGCCAAUCGUUUUGCCCAGAAAUACUUUGAAGAAGCUUAUCUACAAUUUGAGAGUGCCAAUUGGGAGCCAUGUCCCCCUUAUUGUGGGCCUUGUUGCAACUAGCUAUACUCUAGUUGCUGCUGCUACAGUUAAUGUUGAAGUUACUGCUGUUAUUGAUGUGGUGAUGCUGAUUGAUUUUCUUUCCCCAAUUUAUGUUAUUAAAGCUAAGGUAUGAAUUCUUAAAAAGGUAUUGUUGGUAGCAUAAAUUUAUAGCUACCUCGUAUAUUGCAUAUGUAUACCAUUAUGUCGAUGAGUAUAUAUUUGGAUAGUUGCCAGAAUAAUAUUAAAUGAAAAUAAGGUUUUUUUUGUUUUUUUUUUAAUUGUCUUUGAUAUACCUCUAGGCAUGUGUGCUUGCCACUAUUUGUUAAUUAGUUGUCUCAUUAAUCAUGUUUAUAAACUAAAUCUAUUUAUAAUGUUUCCAUUAAUCUGGCAGUUUUAGUAUGGUUGAUAUUAGCCAAGUCAAUAAACUAUUUCAUAAUGUAUA